UCCCGUCAUAGUUUCUUUAGGAUUUCAAAUCUUUUCUGCUUGGGUCCCUGCUUGUUGAGUCCUGUCGUUUUGCACCCCAGGCUGGUGUGUGCAGCCUCCUUUGAUCCCCCCAACCCCUCUGUUUUACCCGCUGUCAGCCUUAAUUCCCCCUUCCCAUCUCCCAUCUUUUCUGUGGGCUUUGACUUCUUUGAUUGCCACAGAUUCUGGAGAGACCCGUGUAUCUGUGCCCUCCCAGCUGAAAAAGGGGGCAGAAGUGAGCUCCAGCUGGACUGCUGUGCGGCGGAGCUGUUCUAGAUAACGUUGGAAAAGUUGUUUGGAGCCGGUCUGAGGGUCUGGUGAGAAACAGUGACCUGGAGGCAGGUGGACAGAGAACUCAGGGUCUCACAAGAACCCAGAUGAGAAUAGCUCCAGACUGACCUCUAGCAUCCAGGACCAGACACAGAACCAUGGGACCCCAGCAUUUGCCAACUGUGCAGCUGCUCUGCCUCCUGUGGGCCAUCACCUUUUUGCCUCGGGCUGGAGCUCUUUUGUGCUAUGAAGCAACAGCCUCACUCUUCAGAGGAGUUAACUUCUUUAACUGGCGCUGGCUUCUGAUGAGGAGUAUGGUGUGUAAGCUGGUAGAGGGCUGUGAGGAGACGCUAGUAUUCAUUGAGACAGGGACCAGUAAGGCAGUUGUGGGUUUUAAAGGCUGCACCUCGGCCUUAUCUUAUCAUCCACAAACAUCCUACCUUGUCUCUCCACCCGGAGUGUCCAUUGCUUCCUAUAGCCGCGUCUGUCGGACCUAUCUCUGCAACAACCUCACCACCCUGCAGCCCUUUGUGAAGCUCAAGGCCAAGGCUCCUAAGUCGGUAGCAUUUUCUUCCCAUAUCUGCCCAUCCUGUGUGGGUGAGCACAGCAAGGAAUGUCUUCCACCCUUUGUCAUGACCGAGGCUUGCCCUAACGAUGCCCUUGAAUGUUACAGUUCCACCUUAAAGUUUCAGGCAGGGUCUCUCAAUACCACUUUCCUGCUCAUGGGCUGUGCUCGUGAAUAUGAAAGGCUUUUAGCCAAAUUUCAUUAUAUUGGAAGCAUCCAAGUGACUGAGGCCCUAAACAUCCUAGAGAAGUCCCAGGUUUUUGGUGCAGGGCCCUCCAGUCAAGGUUCUUCUGGGGGCAUCCUCUUAGGCCUCCUGCUUGUGUUCAGGCACUGAUACCCGGCUGGACUAG